ACGUGACUUGGCGCCGGAAGGGCUCAUUCUUCACGGGCGCCAGCAGGACGGAGGCACUUCUCCAGGCGGAGCGAGCGGAGAUGGUGUCCCUUCUGUGCUGCGGACCCAAGAUGGCGGCGUGCGGGAUCGUCCUCAGCGUCUGGGGGGUCAUCAUGCUGGUGCUGCUGGGGAUCUUCUUCAACGUCCACUCGGCCGUCCUCAUUGAGGACGUUCCCACCACGGAGGAGGACUUCAAGGACGGUCCGAACAAGAUCUACGCCCUUUAUGAGCAAGUCAGCUACAACUGCUUCAUCGCGGCCGGGCUCUACGUCCUCCUGGGGGGCUUCUCCUUCUGCCAGGUCCGGCUCAACAAGCGCAAGGAGUACAUGGUCCGCUAACUACAACCCCUCCUCCAUCCUCUGCUACUUGGGGGGGCACCUGUGGAUUUCUGCUUGUAUUUAUUCUUUUGGGUUCUGUCCCGUCCCCCCCCCCCAGUCACACCCUCCGACCUCAAAACUCAGCUUUGAUCAAGACGGGGGGGGGGGGGGGGGGGAAACGACACAAAUAUUUAAUUCUUCUUGUUCUGAGUGAGUGUUUGAGUGCAGGGAGGGCAAUUUUGCUGGUUGGCUGGGAUUCGGGAGCCCCUCAAAACAUCCUGACCCAUGCAUUGUGCCCCCCUCCCCAGGGCUCUGUAAGUGAGCAGAGAAACAGCCAGGCCCUCUUCUUCCUCCCUCCCCAAAUCCCCCCCCCCCCCACCACAGCCAAUCGCCUGACUCUGUUCUGCCAAUGUCAUCUCCUCCUUGUCCUUCCAAAAAGGCCCAGGGAGCGGCAUGUUUUCUGUUGCUGGUUUUGGUUGGUGGAACCCAGACUGCAAUGUUUUGUAAAUAGUGUCCUGUUGGCGCUGUUCCUGCUUCCGUUUGCCCUUCCCGGCAGCCCCACUCGCUGGCCCUUGGGAGCCGGUGGCCCAGGUGCGCCCACUCUCUCUGCGGAGGAGCUGCCUUGGGCUCACGGCAGUUAAAGGGCUGGUCGCUUCAGUUACCAUCCAUGUUAUGUGUUUUGUAUUGGCGUUUCCUGUGUGGACCCCAAUUCUUGCCAGCUGGGACGGAUGGAGUGCCGGGUAUUUGGGGGCAGGACCAGCCCCCCCCCCUCUUAGUUUGGGCCUCUCUUCAGGCUGCUGCUUGCACCUGUAGCCACUUGGGAGUCCCUUCUGGGGCAGAGGCGCCCCGUAAAUGAUCCUGUGGGUCCUGCUGCUGUGAAGCGAAACCUGGAUGGACCCUGUGGUGAUGGAGAGGGGUGGUCUGUGUGCUUGGUCUCUGCACCCGGGGGUCAGUUGUGGGGGGCGGGGGGGGGCGUCUGGGAAGGCAUUUGCUGUCUCUGCUCAUGUGUGCAAUAAUAAACUGCCUUUGACCCUCCUGA